GGUUGAACUUCAGGCUGUCCGCCAUUGGGGUGAAGAAACAACCGAGACCGUGCUGGCGUUUCUACGUGCUAAGGCAUGCCCGUUUGAGCAGAUCGCCUGUCGGAACAACUCAGGGGGGACCACCACCACCCUAAACAGGGCCCCUUCCUCCAGCGAUCGGGCGGCCAGCUUGCUUCUAACCAACCGGAAGGCAGGGCAGACCAGGGGAACAAAGCCAAUCAAAGUCUUCAAGCUGUCUCAUGAACUAGCGCCAUGAAGACCCUCCUAAAAUUCUUCAGGACUCAGCUGACCCCGUGCCUGCUCCUCCACCACCAAGCCAAGAGAUUCCUGGCCUCUCCGAUUGCCUCGUACUAUGAAGCUAUAAACCGGGGUGAACAGGAAGUGCCCGAAUAUUUCAAUUUCGCAAGCGACGUUCUGGACAAGUGGGCUCAAGUGGAAAAGGAUGGGCAGAAGCCUCCGAACGCCCCAGACUGGCGCGAAUGACGUAGGCAGAAGUGGAGCUUCGAAGAGCUGGGAGUUCGGUCCAGGAAAACCGCCAAUCUGCUGACCGGCCCGUGUGGCUUACGAAGAGGGGACCGAAUCGUUACCGCUUUGCCUCGAGUCCCGGAGUGGUGGUUGCUGAAUGUGGCUUGCAUGCGGGCAGGCCUGGUUCUCAUCCCAGGGACGUCCCAACUGACAGCUAAAGACCUUUCCUACAGGCUCCAAGCGUCCAAAGCCAAAUGCGUUGUGGUCACGGAGUCGCUGGCUCCUGCCGUGGACUCGGUUGCGCACGAAUGCAGCUCUCUGAAAACCAAACUGAUUGUGUCUGAAGGCGGCAGAGAGGGAUGGGUGAACUUCAAGGACCAGUUCCAAGCAGCGCCCGCUGAGCACGACUGUGUUAAAACCAAGAGCGAAGAGCCCAUGCUCAUCUACUUUACGAGUGGAAGCACAGGAGCCCCCAAAAUGGCUGAGCACUCCCACUGCAGUUACGGGAUCGGCUUCGCAGUCAGUGGCAGACACCUGAUGAACCUGACCCCUUCAGACGUAUUCUGGAACACGUCUGACACGGGGUGGGUCAAGACAGCCUGGAGCAGUGUGUUCGCCCCCUGGAUUAAUGGAGCGUGCGUCUUCGUACAUCAAUUGGCACAAUUCAAACCCGACAUCAUACUGGAUACGCUGUCAAAGUAUCCGAUCACAACGUUCUGCACCGCUCCGACGGCGUAUCGUAUGCUGGUACAACAUGAUAGCAAAAGCUACACAUUCAAGAGUUUGCGGCACUGUGUGACGGGAGGGGAACCUCUCAACCCCGACGUGAGGGAACGCUGGAAAGUCAAGACAGGACUGGAGCUCUAUGAAGCCUACGGACAAACCGAAACGGUCACAAUAUGCGCUAAUGCUAAAGGGAUGAAAAUUAAAUCAGGCUCAAUGGGCAAGGCGUUAACACCAUACAACGUUCAGAUUGUAGAUGACCAAGGCAACAUUCAGCCCCCAGGAGAAGAAGGAGAUAUUGCCAUCCAAAUCCAUCCCAAGAGGCCAUUUUGUUUCUUCUCGCAAUAUCUGGAUAACCCUGAAAAAACGGCAGCCACCCAGCGGGGAAACUUCUAUAUCACUGGAGACCGAGGGAUAAUGGACGAAGAGGGAUACUUUUGGUUUGUCGGAAGGUCGGACGACGUCAUCAAUUCUGCCGGGUACCGCAUCGGCCCGUUUGACGUGGAAAGUGCCCUGAUAGAACACCCCGCCGUGGCUGAAUCCGCGGUGGUCAGCAGCCCAGACCCCGUCAGAGGAGAGGUGGUGAAAGCGUUUAUCAUCUUGUCCCCGGAUUUUCUGUCACACGAUCCAGAGAAACUGACCCGGGAGCUUCAGGAUCACGUCAAACGAGUUACCGCUCCCUACAAGUAUCCUAGAAAGGUGGAGUUCGUCCGAGAGCUGCCGAAAACAGUUGCUGGGAAAAUCAAAAGGAACGUCUUACGGAACCAGGAAUGGAAAAAAGACUAGCCACAGCUUCACGUGUACAAAGAACUUCCGUUCUCUGUAAGCUUCUUGCGUCCUUGGUUGUGAUGUAAAUUUUUCAGGGGCUUGAUUCUGAUAUCUCAAACAAAGAGGUCCUGUAAAGCCAUGAGCCAAGGCAGGCGAUACCCUCCCCACCCCGCGGAUUUUGAACACAGUCCUAAAACGAGGCCAACCUCGCUCCUGGUGCCAGGUUUCUUGAGACUUUGCAGCCUCACCAAAUUACCCCAUAGAAAGUACGCUCUUCAAGGACAAUGCGCCAUCUUGGGAGAGAAACAAACAAACAAGGAAAUACAAGCAGGGCUUGGAAUGCACACCCUCUUCAAAAUGACCGUGAUGCACAUAGAUCCUGCCAAACCUCAAGACGGCCGACAGCACUGCUUAUAAGCAGGAAAAGGAUGCCCAUCUGUAGCCAGCGACUUCCUAUUGAACGGCUGGAAAGCCAGUAGUACCAAGAGGACAAGCAGAGGUCUAACGACCCAGGAAUGGAAUGAGCUCACAGUUCCUCCGCUCACAGACACAGCUUUGGGGGUAGGGGGUAGGGCAGUGGUGGUGAACCUCUGGCACUCCAGAUGUUAUGGACUACAAUUCCCAUCAGCCCCUUCCAGCAUGGCCAAAGGUUCGCCACCACGGGGGUAGGGGGUGUUUGGAAAGAGUAGUGUACAGGCAUGAGGUGAAUGUUUAAGUUAGUGGGCACAGCUGGGCGGUACCGAUGCUGUUCUGGCAGAGCGUGUUGCCAGGAACAGCGUCAGGAAACAGAGAGAAGCAGAAAUGCUUCCCCAAUACUUCUUGUAUGGGCGCACUCUCUCUCUAACGCAAUCUGUGCCACAAUUUCAUACUGCAGUCCCCUACAGUCCGUCCCCCCCCCCCACACACACACACACACUCUUGAAUGGCCUAGGCUAGCUGAGUUCAUGACAUCUCGUCAGAUCGCAGAAGCUGAGCAGUGGUGGCCCCGGUUCAUCCCUGGAUGGGAGACCACUAAGCAAGCCCAGGGUUGCUACUGUCGGGUCUAGGAUUCAUUCAGUCACAGACUCUGGGAUUUAUCCAGUGGUGGGAUCCAAAAAUUGUAAUAACAGUUCCGAUGGGGGUGGGAUUCCAACAGUGGCGCUGCCGCACACACGCACCUCCAGUCCCUAUUGGGCAGGGAGGUUGCUUUAGUAACCCCUUCUCGGCACUCAGAAAAAUGAGUAACCACUUCUAGAGAAGUGGUGAGAACGGGUUGGAUCCCACCUCUGGAUUUAUCACGCAGCAGCCUUUCUUGAAACGAACACUUUUGCAAAGCCAGUUCUAGAGGACCCCCCAAAUGCUGGUAGCUUUAUUACCUCUGCUUUCCACUCCCUGCCACCAACUACCUAAAGUAAAAGUGAGGAAAGUGAGGGGAAAGCGAAAGCCUUUUCCCAAGGGCUAGGGAAAGAUAGGGAGCCAUCUGGUUACCCUCCCCUCGCGAAGAAGGCUAGAGAUGCCUCUGUUAUCUACUGUUGAAGCAGAGGGAGUAAGAAGGAAUGAAGGAAGACUCAGAAACCCAAAGAGGCCCUGGCCAUUAAGCACACACUGACAGCUACGCAGAGGCAGGCUGCCGGAAACGUCAAGAGACCUUGGCAUGUCUUGGAGUACCAGAGUGAAAACAGAUCAGCUACUUCACUGCCAGAUGACAUUCCCAGCACAAAGGUUGUGAACAUCCCAGCCCCUGUGUGAACAUAUUCAAAAACCAGCUAAAAACCUCUAUCCGUGCACUUGCUGGAAUAUAAGGCCCAGGCCUUAUCACUGUGAUUCAUGCAUUCUGCCUUAUUAAAGUACAAUUUGAUGCAA